AUGCGCCCCGAUAAUGGACUAUCUAGCCUCCAGGACCCCGACCAAGAGGGCUCAUGCACGCCAAAGCUCGAUGCUUUGCGAGACGGACGGAAACAAAUACGAAGCAAUCAUGUCUUCCCUACGAACAACAGCUCGUCAAAUCAGCCAGGCAUCAAUCGCUUCAGCAUGUUUAUCUCUCUCAGUGGCACGACUAUAUAUACAUCUAGACUUGCAGAUCUCACGUUGCUAGCACCGUCAAGUGAUGGUUCCUUUGGUGCAGGAAUGGCAGGAGAAAUCUGGUGGCUAGAUGUUCUCAACUCGACCAAAGAAGACAUCAAAACGCUCGCAAAAGCGUUCUCGCUCCACCCACGAACUUGCGCCUUCAUCAACGCUGAAGAUGCGCAUGAAAGAGUAGAGUUCUUCGAGAAUUACUACUUUAUCUGCUUUCCCAUUCUAACCGAGAACGAAAACGGGACGCUCAAGUCCAAAUUCCAAAAAGUCAACUUUCACAUUGUUGUGUUCCCGCAAGGGAUCAUCAGCUUCUCUUUCCAGCAUAAUUCGCAUUCAGCAAAUGUUCGAAACCGAAUCUGGGCUAUAAGAAACGAUACCGUCCUAAGCAGUUAUUGGAUCUGCUACGCGUUGAUAAACGACAUCGUCAGUAGUUUCGACUCCGCAGUACACAAGCUUGAACAAGAAACAUGCGUCAUAGAGGAGAGUGCUUUCAUUAGCCGCCUCGAUGAGGUUGGUGCCACAGUGUCAAAGAUCCAUAAUUAUCGCAAGCACGCCUCAAAUAUGGCCCAUCUUGUACAAGACAAAGUGUCUGUUGUAAGGAGUUUAGUGAGGCACUGUGCGAAAGCGCAUCAAGGCGCUCCCCUCUACGAUAUUAGCCUAUCUUUAAGCGCCGUUCAGGACCACAUCAACUCAAUGAUAUCAAAGCUUAAGCACUGCGAAGAGAUACUAUCUCGUUCUCACUCGGACCUUAUUUCGCAACUCUCGGUGGACAAGGUUUAUUUGAGGAAUCAAACCUUACGAAUUAUUAUUAGGAUUACAGUCAUCGCGGCUAUAGCUGUGCUACUACAUGCUAUAUGUAGCUUGUUUGGGACGAAUUUUGAAGUUCCAGGCGAACAUACUGAUGGAUUGGACUGGUGGUUUGGUAUUCUGGGUCUGAUCGUUUUUCUGUUCUUUCUUGGUCUUGGUGUUGCAAGGCAAUAUAAGUUAAUCUAA